UGGUACCGCGGUUUUCACCCCUACAUCUUACCCAACACCUCAAGGCGCAUGUUAGCAUAUAUAUAUUCAUCUCCUAAAAGGAACAGAGCGCGUGAUAUCACGCGCGUCAAUCGUUCACCCCUUGCAACCAUAGAAAACACACUCUCCAUCUCUAUCCUCUCUUCGAUUCCCCGACGUUGCUGUCCCUUUUUCCCGAUCCACUUUCGAUUCGACCUAAUUCUGUUAUUAUGAUGAGAACGGAUCCAUUGUCGUCGAGAAAGAAGCUGUCUCUGGUUGAUCUUUGUGUUCAGAAAGCUAUAGAUAAUGUAAGAUACCUUGGAAAUGUUGGUCCUGUCGAUCAUCAUCUGCUUGAGCGAAUCUUGCCGCACUGUACACUUGACCAGUUAAUGCAUGUGGAGAAAGCUAGCGAAGGAACUGAUUUGAGCCCAGUAACUGAUAAAUUGUGGAAAAAGUUUUUUGAAAAGCAGUUUGGUUCAAAUUGCACAAAUGAAGUAAUUAAAAGGAUGAGAGAAAAGAAAGUGUCAUUCAAAUGGUUGCAGUUGUAUGAGGCUAAAGUAAAGGAAAUGGCUCAGGCUGAGAAUGAAGCACUUGAUCGAAUCAAGCAACGCUACAAGAAAGAAGAUGCAAGAAAGCAGAGUAGGCAAGUAAGGAUAUGCACCAAAGUUCCACCUUCAAGUAAAAAAAGAUUGUGGGGAGAUAAUGGACCUGGAUACAAUGUGUCAAAUUUGAAGAGCAACAUAAUGAAGAAGUCAAAGAUAGAUUUUCUUAAGAGUCGCGAGGUAAAAAAUAUUGCAGCAAUGAACAAAAAUUCUAUCCAGAGGAGUAGUAGUUCAUCAAGCAUGAUGAAACCUGGAAGUAUGUCUGGAAUUGGUUCAUCUUCCAAAGAUCCCAAAUCUACCAAAAGGAUAUUUUAGGUGCAGACUAUGAGUCUGCAAGAUAGCAAUGCUAUGUAUCAUUAUUUGCUGUUUAAUUGUGAUGAUAGUUACAUUUAUGUUAAUAAAAAAAAUUGUAUUAUCAUAUAUGCUUCUAACAUUGGCUUGACUUUUAUGUGUUAAUGUAUUUACCGCGUAGAUAGCAUCAAAUUAUGCAUUACAAUUGUUGUAA